AUGAAUAUCAUAAAAGAAUUGGCCACCUUACAUGUCAAGGAAAAUGAUUACCUAGCGUUUCAGAGAAGAUUCCGUUAUUUGAUUGCAUGUCACAAGGAGUUAGCGAGCGACCCAGAAGACUUCUAUCAUGAUCUCUUCCUUGUUGGUUUAAAAGAUCAUCAAAAGCCUUUCAUCAAGACGCGUUUGGAUGAUUUCUACGCGACUGGCCAAGACCCUAUUCACAAUAUUGAUAUUGAAGAUCUCAUGAAACAGUUGACAAAUCGUACAAGCAAGUCUAAGGAUGAACGUCCCAAGCCGCAGUGA